AUGGCUUUUAAGAUCUUUGCUACGCUGUUCUUGCUCAUUGCGAUCACUGGCCAAUAUCAUGCAAGAGCGUCGACGCUGGAUGGCGAUUUCUACAACGAAGAUUGCCCGGAGUUCGAGAUGAUCGUCGCAGCGACGGUGCAAAGCUUUCUCAACAGAGAUCACACCGUCCCUCCGGGAUUGCUCCGACUGGGGCUCGAUAGCUCGGUCAUGCUCAAUUCAUCCAGCGGGCCAGAUCCACCCGAGAGAGAUGCGAGACCAAACUUGUCACUGCAUGGAUUCGAAGUGAUCGAUGCGAUCAAGGAGCAGCUCGAGGAAAUUUGCCCCGAAACAGUGUCGUGCUCUGAUAUUCUGGCGCUGGCAGCUCGCGAUGCGGUCGCACUGGGAGCGUUGAAGGAUCUGCCUAGCCCGUUUGAGAACACGACCGCGCUGCUCAAGAAAUUCAGGAAUCGGGGAUUCUCUGCGGAGGAAAUGGUGGUUCUCCAAGGAGGAGGGCACAGCAUCGGUGUUGGGCAUUGCCCAUUUUUCCGGGAUCGCUACUCCAAUUUCAGCGGGACUGCGCAGCCCGAUCCCGCGCUCAAUCCCACGCACGCCAUCUUCCUCAAGGCGAGCUGCGAUCCCAAUGGCAACGCCGCGGUGCCCAACGAUCACGGCUCCGCGCAUUUGCUCGAUAAUCACUACUUCCUCAACAUCCAAAAGGGCAAGGGCCUCUUCAACUCGGAUCAAGAGUUCUACUCGGACAGCCGCACCAGAAAAUCGAUUGACAAGUACGCCGCUUCCAGCGACAAAUUCUAUCUCGACUUCAUAAAGGCGAUGGAAAAGAUGUCGGAGCUGGGCGUGCUGACGGGCUCGCACGGCUCCAUCCGGACGCACUGCCUGAAGAGGUUCCAGCUUCUGGGUGGUGAAAUAGACCGUGUCUUCCAAAACAUUCUUUUUGUCCAUGUCACCUUGGGGCAAGCUCCACUUGAAGUGCUGGACGAGAGUGGCGAUGAUCAUGGGGACAACGUAAAAGGCUUGGGCGAUCCCAGCGCAGAUCCAUUUGCCCCCGCCAAAGGGCAUGAGUCUCAUAAUCCCAUGUCAACUUCCCCUCCUAGAAACCGUGAUGGAUCCCACGUCUCGGGAUUGCUCCAGCGUUUCGGGUCGUGGUGGAUUCCAAAGACGUUGACAAUCAGCUGGAAAGGUUUACGUGUGUGUGAUCUAACAGGAAACUAA